CUCCGCGGGGCGGACUUGGGCGGCGGCGCGGGGAGAGCGGGGCGUCUGCCGCGCGCCCGACCGCCCGGCCGGAGUCCGGGGCGCGGCCAUGGGCCCGGGGCCCCCAGCAGCCGGAGCGGGGGCGCCCCCGCGGCCACUGUCCCUGGCCGCUCGGCUGAGCUACGCCGUGGGCCACUUCCUCAACGACCUGUGCGCGUCCAUGUGGUUCACCUACCUGCUGCUCUACCUGCACUCGGUGCGCGCUUACAGCUCCCGCGGCGCGGGCCUGCUGCUGCUGCUCGGCCAGGUGGCCGACGGGCUGUGUACGCCCCUCGUGGGCUACGAGGCCGACCGCGCCGCCGGCCGCUGCGCCCGCUGCGGCCCUCGGAAGGCUUGGCACCUGGUCGGCACCGUCUGUGUCCUGCUGUCCUUCCCCUUCAUCUUCAGCCCGUGCCUGGGCUGCGGGGCGGGUACCCCGGAGUGGGCCGCCCUCCUCUACUACGGGCCGUUCAUCGUGAUCUUCCAGUUCGGCUGGGCCGCCACGCAGAUCGCCCACCUCAGCCUCAUCCCGGAGCUCGUCACCAACGACCACGAGAAGGUGGAGCUCACGGCCCUCAGGUACGCCUUCACCGUGGUGGCCAACAUCACCGUGUACGGUGCCGCCUGGCUGCUGCUCCGCCUGCAGGGCUCCCCGCACACGGACGUGGCCCGGGACGCCCGUGACCAGCUGGGCGUCCGAGACGCGCGGGUGUUCCAGAACCUGUCCCUGCUGGUGGUCGGAGUGGGAGCCGUCUUCUCGCUGCUGUUCCACGCGGGCACGAGGGAAGGGCGCCGGCCGCGGGCGGAGGAGCCCGCCGAGCGCAGCCCGCUGCUGGCCCCGCCCACCGCCCAGCCCCUGCUGCUCUGGAAACACUGGCUGCGGGAGCCCGCCUUCUAUCAGGUGGGCCUGCUGUACAUGAGCACGAGGCUCAUCGUGAACCUGUCCCAGACGUACAUAGCCAUGUACCUCACCUACUCGCUCGACCUGCCCAAGAAGUUCAUCGCCACCAUCCCGCUGGUGAUGUACGUCAGCGGAUUCUGCUCGUCCUUCCUCAUGAAGCCGGUCAACAAGUGCAUCGGGAGGAACCUGACCUACUUCGCGGGCCUCCUGGUGAUCCUGGCCUUCGCCGCCUGGGUGGCGCUGGCAGACAGGCUCGGCGUGGCCGUGUACGUAGCCGCCGUGCUGCUGGGCACGGGCUGUGCCACGAUCCUCGUCACCUCGCUGGCCAUGACGGCCGACCUCAUCGGCCCCCACACGGUAAGGCUGAUGGUGCAGACCGGGUGGGGGGUUGGGGGACCGGGGCCGGGCUGUGACCUGCCUGCCCGUGUCCCCCAGCACAGCGGAGCCUUCGUGUAUGGUGCCAUGAGCUUCUCGGAUAAGGUGGCCAACGGGCUGGCGGUCAUGGCCAUCCAGAGCCUGCAUCCCUGCUCCUUGGAGCUCUGCUGCCGGGCCUGCGUAGGCUUCUACCACUGGGUGAUGGUGGCUGUGACUGGUGGCGUGGGCGUGGCCGCCACCCUCUGUCUGUGCAGUCUCCUGAUCUGGCCCAUCCGCCUGCGGAGCUGGGACCCCGGAGCCUAACCCUGACACCGUCCCCCCACGGUCGCGGUCCUGUGCACAUGAACUCUAUAGGCCAUGCCCAGCUCCCAUCCCUGCCCCCCAUCCUCACCCGGCUGUGAGGGCGGCAGGUGAGGGCAGGCGGUCAGCAGCCCAGACUCUGAGCUUGGCCCUCUGGG